AGGAACCACAGAAACCCAGAGGAGUAAUUUCUGGCGAACGUGAGGAGGAGACAAUGACUUCGUGACGAGUAAGUAUGCACAGUCACUGUGGGCUUUCCCCGACAAGCAGGAAGAUAUUUUAUAGCAGUGGGACUCUAAAGGUGUGCAGAAGGCAAAUCAGCCGUGAAUGCUGACAAGCAGCUGAAGCUGGAAGCUGAAGGAGAACAACCGCCGUGGCCUUUCUGGAGCCGUCUGACUGAGGAGAAUCGGCUUCUGGAUUUGUAGACUUUUGCUGGAGUCAGUCAUGUCAGAAGAAGAAGGAAAUCUCUCCUACAAAGAGGCCAUUGAGAAGGCCAGCUCCUCCAUCACUCGCUUCCCUCUCAUCCAUAUCAGAGGCGUUCCGCUCAUGUGCCACAUUGCCAGCAACUGGGACUCCAUCUGGGCUUUCCGUCCCGACCCGUCAGACCUCCUGAUCGCCACCUAUCCUAAAGCAGGCACCACGUGGACUCAGGAGAUAAUCGACCUGCUCCUCCACAACGGAGAUGCUGAAGCCUGCAAACGAGCUCCGACUCCCAUCCGCAGCCCCUUUCUGGAGAUCUGCUCCCCUCCUCCAAUUCCCUCAGGACUUGAUCUUCUCAAGAAAAUGGAUCCCCCAAGAGUCAUCAAGACUCACCUGCCCUUCCAGUUGGUGCCUCCUGGGUUUUGGGAGAACAAAUGCAAGGCAAUAUAUGUUGCACGCAAUGCCAAAGACAACCUGGUGAGCUAUUACUACUUUGAUCUGAUGAACAAGACUCAACCUGAGCCAGGACCUUUUGACGGAUACAUCGGCAAGUUCAUGAGAGGAGAGUUGUCAUGGGGCUCCUGGUAUGAUCAUGUGAAGAGUUACUGGGUGGAGAAAGAGAAGAGGAACAUCCUGUACCUUUUCUAUGAGGACAUGAAGGAGAAUCCUCGCCGUGAAGUUCUGCGCAUCAUGAAGUAUCUGGACUUGUCCGUUUCUGAUGAGGUCAUCAACCAAAUCGUGGAGCUGACGUCCUUCAAGAGCAUGAAGGAGAACCCCAUGGCCAACUACUCCUGCAUCCCAUCUCCUGUGUUUGAUCAGUCCAUCUCUCCGUUCAUGAGAAAAGGUGAAGUAGGCGAUUGGAAAAAUCAUUUCACGCCCGAGCAGGCAAAGAUGUUCGACGAGGAUUAUGAGCAGCAAAUGAAGGAUGUCAACAUACCUUUCAAGAGUCUCAUCUGAGGAAUCAAUCCAGAAAAUGAAAAAAAAAA